AUGGACUCUUCUAAAGGUGCUAGACGCUUGAGUGUCACGAUGCAGACCUAUCUCGGUUUCGCAGUCCUUGGCCUCGUCAAUGUAAUUGUACCCUUCAUUGUACAUUCAGCAAACUACCUCAUAAUUCCUUAUCCACGCUGGAUAGUCAUCCUCAUCGAGACCCUCCCAGCUCUUCUUACAAAACUCCUUCUCCCUCACUUCAUCCACAGAAUCCCCUACUGGAUACGCUCUCUCACCAUAGGAGCAGUAUGGAUUCUCAUUGCUCUCAUCACAAAAGCAACACCGCCCAACAUUGCACCACCGUUACGAAUCUUCACUUCUGCGCUUGCUUCAGCCUCCGCUGCAGCAAUGGAGCUUUCCUUCCUAGGAAUGCUGCGCUACUACGGCCGUGUUGGUCUCGCAGGUUGGGGAGCAGGUGUUGGCGCCGGAGCAGUCUUUUGCGCCGUCUUGCCCUUUGUACUGACCGUUUGGCUGGAAUCGUUUCUACGCGACUUUAUCGAUUGCAUCUAUGUUUUCGUCGGAGCUAUGCUCGUGGCGUUUUUUGUUGUUCUCCCUGGAGCACCGGUUAACUACCCCUGCGCGCAACAGGAAAUGGCCAAGGAUGAUAUUGAGGAUGCGUCCACUCUACUUCAAGACCCUGUUCAGCAGCUCUCGCGACUAUUGAGUACGAAAAACCGCAUUCAUCUAACCAAAAUCAUGCUCCGACCGUUUAUGAUUCCCUUGUUUGGAGCAUUUGCGGCGCAGGCUCUCGUAUACCCCGGUAUAUCACGGGCAUUGCCCCUUCCAGAGUCCUCGGCAUCCUUCUUCUCAUACCUAACCACAUACGGCCUUUCUUUCCAAUUAGGCAACUUCAUCUCUCAAACACACAUUUUACUCUUCCGACCAGCCAGUCUCAAAGCCUCGUUUAUGGUCCUCGGCACUGCGAUGCUUGUUCUACUCGCAAAUUCUAUAUUCCUUGUCUCUUCAGCAGAAGUUAUUAUGGGUAUACUCGCUUUCACCGCUGGUCUGGGUGGAGGUGCAGUCUACAUCAUUGUUUUUGACAGAGUGCUUGACGAAAAGACCUUCGAUGCUGGGGUUAAUAUAGAGUUUAGUCUUCAGGUCGUAGGAGUCGGUGAAACUGCUGGCCUUGUCGCUGGUGGGAUGAUGGGUACCAUGCUUGAGAGUUUGAUGUGUCGAGGAGGAUUUACAACGACACAGCGAUGGUGUCAUACCAGUCAAUAA